UUACAAAUAAAUCAGAUAAAAAAGAAGUAGAAAAUCCAUAUAGUAUCGAUGUAAAUAAACAAUUACCAGCUUUGAAAAUCUUUCUUUGUGCAGUAGAUGUAGACUCAUAUGGAAAAUAUAAAUCGGAUAUGACAAAAACAAUUAAAGCUCUCAGAACAGUUCCAAAUAUUAUUGACUUAGCUCCAUUUAAGCUAAAAAUUUCACAGAAAAUGAUAGCUGAAGAAGUUACUAAAAUGAAGGUAACAAAGAAAAUAACAAAUUUUUUAGAGACUUCAAUAGAGAUUUUAAUUUGGUACAAGUACUUUGGUCCAAUUAUUACUGUUGGAAAUACUUUAGGAGACUCAAAAACAUAG